UUGACGCAACAUAACCUCAAAAUCAUUAUUUGUUUACAUCAACCUCGCAAGACAACUGAAACAGUAGAAGCUUAUAUUUGUAUCGGGGAGAAUAUUAAAUAAAAAAAUGUCAAAUUUAGAACUGAAAACGACGGUAGAUUGUAAGCAGGGAUCAGUGAGAGCGGUACGAUAUAACGUCGAUGGUUCGUAUGCAAUUACAUCAGGAUCGGAUAAGAAAAUCAAACUCUGGAAUCCACAAACGGGUCUAAUGCUUAAAACAUACGGAGGACAUGCAAAUGAAGUGACAGAUGCCAUCGGCAGCUGCGAUAGUUGCCACAUAUUGAGCGCUUCACUAGACAGAUCAAUUAUUUACUGGGAUGUGACCACAGCUCAACCACUGCGUCGGUUGCGCUGUCAUGCUGGUGGUGUGACUUGUGUGGCAUUCAGUGAAGAUUCAAAUGUGGCUUUAUCAGGUGCUAAGGAUAAUUUAGUGAUGUGUUGGGAUAUUCGCACUCGAAAGUUGGAACCAAUUCAAACGAUGAACGAAGCAAAGGAUUGUAUCACAAGGAUCAUUGUAAAUGAAUUUGAAAUUUUGGUUUCGUCACUCGACGGAUGCAUAAGACGAUAUGAUUUGCGAAAGGGUGAACUAACUUGUGAUGAUGUCGGCGAACCAAUUGUUUAUAUGGCACAAACAAAAGACACCAAAUGCACUCUGGUCGCAUGCAGUGAUAAUGUACUAAGACUAUUAGAUAAUGAUAAUGCCGAAUCACUGGCUACCUAUCGUGGACACAGAGCUGAUGAUUUCCAAGUUGAAUGCGGUAUUUUAAGUAACGAUUCGCAAAUCGUGUGUGGAUCUUCGAACGGAGAAGCGUUCAUUUGGGAUUUGGUGGACGAAAAAGUUAUUUCAAGGCUGUCAAUAGGCUCCGGUGUAGUGCAUUCAUUGACUACACAUCCAACAACCGACGACAUCAUGUUCGCCAAUAAAAGAGAGUUUCAACUAUGGGGACCGAUAGACUAAUUCCAGUAUUUUUCAAGAGAAUAUUGAGAACUUUUUA